AUGACCACGUUUUUGAGGCUUCAGGUCCAACAAUCCUCAACCGAAAUCCUUAUUCACCAAGCAAAGUACGUGGAUGAUAUGUUGGAGAAGUUCGGGUUACGAGAUGCGAAAUAUGCACUUACACCCAUGGCGGAGAGACCUUUACUAGCUCCUGGUCUUGAAGGCAAAUCCGUAGAUCAGACGUACUAUCGAUCAAUGAUCAGAUCGCUCAUGUAUCUGACUGCUAGUCGCCCAGACGUAAUAUUUGCGGUCUGUCAAUGCGCUCGCUACCACGUUAAUCCUAAAUUUUCUCAUCUUAAUGUUGUUAAACGGAUUGUUCGGUAUCUCAAAGACAACAACUAUGGCGGGUGCGAGCUUGAUAGAAAAUCAACUUCAGGAGGAUGCCAAUUUCUGGGAGAUAGAUUGGUCUCAUGGCAGUGCAAGAAGCAGCAUACCGUCUCAACCUUAAUAGCAGAAGCAGAGUAUGUCGCUGUGUCUGCUUGUUAUUUUCUAGUUAUAUGGAUCCAACAUCAACUGUCGGACUACGGUUUGAACUCUCAAGAAACUCCUAUAUUUUGUGAUAAUGAGGCUGCUAUCCAAAUUGCUUAA